ACUCGAAAGGGUUUCGUCGAAGAAUGUGUAAAAGUGUAAACUGGAUGAAAGUGUAAAACCGCAGCAAUCUUGUUGCUUGUGUUUCACGCGCGCAUCAAAGUAAACGUGCCGUUUCCGACGAAACUCAUCAGCGAGCAGAACGUGCGCCUCUGUCUGCCAGGUUGCUGUGUCAUUUCGAUUCCAUUCGCCAUUGGGCACGAAACGGGUGCGCGUUCCUUUUACUACAGCCGCUCGGCAGCACAAAAGGGUGUGUGUAGCACCACAGAGAAAGUGGCUCGUUCUACCUGACGGCAGGCGAUUAGAAAGUUCCGAGUGCUACCGAACCAGAACCCGCGGUAGAGCUAGCGGGUAAUUAUCGCGGGCAGAAGCAGAAGUGCAUCGCGGACUGUGCGUGCGCGCGUGUGUGUGUGUGUGUGAGAAGCGUCGUGGCGACCGCUGGUCCAAACGCUAGUCCAAGCAAGCAGUGGGGAAGUUUUGUGACGCUAGAUCGCACCGAACACCGAACGUAGCGAGAAUGGCCCAAAAUAUUAACCCGGAACGCGCCCAGUCAUCCAACCCAUCGAAACAGAACGACGAGACGCUGAUAAACAACAACAAUCAUGCAGUUAGCAAAAGGCUCCAGAAGGAACUGAUGGCUCUGAUGCUGUCCUCGGAAAAGUCGAUAUCCGCCUUUCCGGAGGGUGAAAACUUUUUCAAAUGGAUCGGCACAAUCAGCGGCCCGGACGACACGGUGUACAAAGGGCAGAAGUACAAGCUGCUGCUAGAGUUUCCCAACUCCUACCCGUACUCGGCGCCGAACGUGAAGUUCCUCACGCCCUGCUUCCACCCGAACGUCGACCUCAGCGGCUCGAUCUGCCUUGACAUCCUGAAGGACAAGUGGUCCGCCCUGUACGACGUACGGACGAUCCUGCUCUCGAUCCAGUCGCUCCUGGGCGAGCCGAACAACGAUAGCCCGCUCAACUCGCAGGCGUCGCAGCUGUGGCCGAACCAGGCCGAGUACAAAAAGUAUCUGGACGAUUUUUACGAGAAGAACAAGGAUUCUUAAGCCCACCACCACCUCACCGUCCCUAGUUCCUCGCCCCCCGCGACCAUCACACCAUCCCCUCAGCUCACUCGUAGUAGAUCAAUUUAAGGAUAGCAGAAUAGUCAGUCAAUCAGCCCCCGCCCGGUCACAGCAACAAACAAACCAGCCUUCGUUCUACUGUCCGCACUCCGCCCCGCACACACACUCUGUCCUCUUUCCGGCACUUUCGCGAAAAAGCUGUGCACAGUUGUACAAAACAAAAAACAAGAUCGUCUCACUCGGAACCGGUCGGAAGAUGGAAGACGACGAAGGCACUCGCUACGCAGCUGAGCUCGGGAAAGCAAGAAUUUGUAUGUGAUUUUUCCCGUUUCUUUGGUUUUAAAUGGCGCGAGUAGAAACAACCUCUGUCCCCUUCUCAACAGGCGGGGCCGAUUGACGCAUAAUGAUCUGAUCACAGAACGGGCGGACGGACGCACGUGAUCUUGAAACGACUCUCGAAUAAUUGUGCCCGCCGAUGGAUUGAACCUAAAAAUUCUACAUGUUUUUUUUACAUUUGAGCAAAAUUUAUUAUCUCUUUUCUUUCCGAAGAUUGUAUGCGCACGUUUUUGUAACUAUUUGGUGUAAUCUGUUGCCGUUUCUUCUGUUUUAGUUUUACCUCAGUGGACCACGCUUGUGUUUCUGUGGUUUUUGUUUUGUUCGGGGCUAGGGAAAGGCUACAAAAUGGCUACGUCACGGAUUAUGUUGUUUCCCCCUUGCAAACGGAACCAAUCACCUUGACCGAUUUCGUAUGAUUCCAAGCUAAACGAUAGAAUAUAGUACGUUAACAUGGGUGUGCCGAACACAAAAUACAAUAUUUCAUUCUAGCGUGUCUACUACACUAUGGCAAUCUCGGUUGGAAGGUAGGGUAUUUUAGGGCCGGACUGGCCUUACAUCGGCGACGGAUGGAAAACGCGCCCAGGGCAAGCUAGUAAUGCGCACGCAGCGAGACUCUAUUUAUUUAUCGUAACUCUGUGUACUGUGUAUUAGUAAAGCUAUAAUGAUGUGUUCGUUGAUUGCAACCACCCCCCGAACCCCUAGCGGCAAAUGACUGUCUG